GUGCUCUGUGACCGUGACGGUGACGUCAACAAACAGCUGAUAGUGGGUGUGGUCAAAAGGAGCCAAGAUGGAGGACUUUGAGGAGCCGCUAUCAGAUGACGAGAAAGUUCGCAUUGCAGCCAAUUUUGUCACUCAUGCUCCACCGGGAGAGUUUAACGAAGUCUUCAAUGAUGUGCGGCUUCUCCUCAACAACGACAACCUCCUUAGGGAGGGGGCUUCACACUCCUUUGCCCAGUACAACAUGGAUCAGUUCACCCCUGCCAAAAUCGAGGGCUAUGACGAGCCAGUUCUGAUCACAGAACACGGUGACCUGGGUCAGGGUUGUUUCCUGGACCCACGCAACAAUUUGUCGUUCCGCUUUGACCACCUUAGAAAAGAGGUAAGCGACGUUCAGUCGUACGAAGUAGACUCGUCCCUCAGGAGCUGGAGAGAUUGCUGCGACACCGCCCUGAGUGCCUAUGUCAAAGAGCACUACCCUACCGGUGUCUGUACGGUGUAUGGGAAAACUGUGGAUGGGCAGCAAACAAUUAUAGCAUGCAUCGAAGGACACCAGUUUCAACCCAAGAACUUUUGGAAUGGUCGCUGCAGGUCAGAGUGGAAGCUGACCAUUGGUCAAUCCACUGCUCAGGUGGUGGGAGUGUUAAAAAUCCAGGUGCACUAUUACGAAGAUGGAAACGUUCAGCUGGUCAGUCACAAGGAGGUGGAGGAGUCAAUACCAGUGACUAGUGAACUCCAGACUGCCAAGGAAUUUGUCACCUUUAUAGAAAAUGCUGAAAACGAUUAUCAGACUGCCAUCAGCGAGAACUACCAGACCAUGUCCGACACCACCUUCAAGGCCCUGCGUCGUCAGCUGCCCGUCACGCGCACAAAGAUCGACUGGAACAAAAUUCUCAGCUACAAGAUCGGAAAAGAGAUGCAGAAUGCUUAAAGGCGGAGGUCAGUGUUGAGACUCCACUUUACCCACAAUACACCUGUUUACACGUUCACCGUACAAACUAACCAAAGCAAAACUACCCACAGGGCAAGGAAUAAAAAAAAACAAAAAACAAAAAACAGUGAUGUUUAGACGUCGUGUGUUAAAUAAUGGUUCUGUUUGGAUCAGCGUGUGUGUGUGUGUGUGUGUGUGUGUCAAGACUUGUUCGUAACAGAUUGACUGAAACCAAAAACGUGUGUACUUAAGAGACGGCAGCUGAUCACAGAAAUGAAGCACAUGUAGUCACCUGGGUUCUUUUGGAUUUACGACUGAAUCAAUUAAAUGCGAAGGACGAAGGCGACUGUUGAAAUAUAACUGUUUAAACCCAAACUAAACUAAAUUGAACUGACUUGAAUCAGUUGAUUGUUUUUUAAAAAUAAUCAAAAAAAAAAGGCUACAACUUGCCGUUUUUUUUUUUUUGGCUUUGAAAAUGUUUUGCAUCAAAUCCAAGAAGCCUCUGCGAGUUCCGAUGGACUCUCAAUCUUUUAAAUUACAAAUAUUCAAUUCUGAAAUUCGCAAAAAAAAAAAAAAAGAUGAAACUCCCUUUUCAAAAGACAUUUGAAGUCCUGCUUGUCUGAUAUUUUUUUUUUUUUUUUUGAAGUGUUUCUUCCAGAGCGACAUCUGUUCUACUGUAUUGGGUAAAAAUUUGCAUCGACAUCUGUACACGUGUUUUUCACUGUUCUGUUCUCCUACACCUGUCAGUGCUGACCUUAAAGACUGUAGUGCCCCCUACUGUUGUACAAAUAAACAGACGCUACAACUUUG